AGUUAUAAACAUAGUUAAAAUUGCAUUUUUAGAGAUAAUUUCGUAUUUCUCUAUUUCACGUGCGCGGCAGAGCUCCUUCCUCCUGCCGAUCAUCUCCAUUUUCCCACCAUUGGCCAAACAAACUCCACCGUGCAACUGAGACUGUAUCGGAGAACUCCGUCGUGAACACCGUCCAUUUCCCCGCCGUGGAGCUCGUUAGAGCGCAUCUCUGCAUCUAUACGGUCUUCCUAUUCCAAUAGGUAGAAGUAGCGUUGAUGUCAACUUGACAAGUAUAAUGAGGUUGGUGGCAAUCACAUGGCUGAGUUGUCUAAGAAGGCAUCUUCAAACAAAAACAAGGUUUCUUCACACAUUGAAAGGUCCUCAAUCAGACCAAAUUUUAAUGUCUCCUACUCUGGCAUCUCUGGACCUUCCUGACAUCUGGACUCCUAUUUCCCCAUGUCAUAGUAUUCCAGCCAUACAUAAAAGCUUUAAUGAGCAAACUGCUAGGAUUCUUGAUGGAAAGUUGAUGUCCGCAGAAAUCAGAUCUAAAAUAGCUGAUCAGGUGAGACAAAUGAAGAAAAACGUAGGAAAAGUUCCUGGGUUAGCUGUUAUUUUGGUGGGCCAGAGGAGGGAUUCUGUUACUUAUGUUCGCAACAAGAUAAUUGCCUGUGAAGAAGUUGGAAUCAAGUCUGUGGUGACUGAAUUACCUACUGAUUGUGCAGAUGCUGAUGUUCAAAAUGCUGUCAUGAAAUUUAACAAGGACCCAUCAGUUCAUGGAAUUCUUGUCCAGCUUCCUCUACCACAACAUCUGGACGAGGAAAAACUUUUGGAUGCUGUAUGUCUUGAAAAAGACGUGGAUGGUUUUCAUCCUAUUAAUAUGGGGGAGCUUGCUCUAAGUGGAAGGGAACCAUUGUUUAUUCCUUGUACUCCAAAGGCCUGCAUUGAGUUGUUGAUCAGAUCCGGAGUUAAGAUUGCAGGCAAGAGGGCCGUGGUGAUAGGAAGAAGUAAUAUUGUUGGUCUGCCAACAUCAUUAUUGUUACAGAGACACCAUGCAACAGUCACCAUCGUACAUGCAUAUACUGAAAACCCUGAACAGACCACAUCAGAAGCUGAUAUUGUAGUUUCAGCUGCCGGAGUUCCUAACUUAGUCCGUGGGAACUGGAUAAAGUCCGGUGCAACUGUGAUUGAUGUUGGAACAAGUCCUGUAAAAGAUUCUAGCUGCGAGGAUGGUUAUCGUCUAGUAGGCGAUGUAUGCUUUGAAGAAGUCAUAAAGGUGGCAUCAGUUAUUACUCCUGUGCCUGGUGGAGUUGGACCUAUGACAGUUACUAUGCUUCUAGUUAACGCUUUAGAUUCUGCUAAACGUAUGCUUAAUUAUACUUGAUCUCUUCCCAUUUUGAUUUUAUAGUAAAUUUUGUUGAAUUUGGCUCAUCAAAAAGUUAAUAGAGUGUAAACUAAAGUGAUAAAAUCAUUUUCAGCCAAAAAUAAAUGUGAGAAAAUCAGGAGUUAUUUUAACGAA